AGCAGAAAUAGUCGCCGCCGAGGGGAGGUGAAAGAGUGGUGGGCGCCUUAUGUCUCAGUGACCAGCCGUGAGGAGGGACUCCCAAUCCCUCCUGGGCGCCUCUGCCGUGCGUCCUUUCCAGUCCGAAGGAUUUGACGCUCAUCCUACCGAAGCUGGAGAGCGGGAGACCCGCCGUGCCUACCCUUCCUCUCACAGCAUCUAAGAUGUCCACUGAAGGAGAGAGAGUUGAUGAUAGUCCAAGCACUAGUGGAGGGAGCUCUGAUGGAGAUCAGCGAGAAGGUGCUCAACAAGAUCAAGAAAGAGAACAAGUUCAGCCCAGAAAAAAAGAGGGCAAAAUCUCUAGCAAAACGGCUGCAAAACUUUCCACUAGUGCUAAAAGAAUUCAGAAAGAACUUGCAGAAAUUACAUUAGACCCUCCUCCAAACUGUAGUGCUGGACCCAAGGGAGACAACAUUUACGAAUGGCGAUCAACUAUACUUGGGCCUCCAGGUUCUGUGUAUGAAGGAGGUGUAUUUUUUCUUGAUAUUACCUUCUCACCAGAUUAUCCUUUUAAGCCACCGAAGGUCACAUUUCGGACAAGAAUUUAUCACUGCAAUAUUAACAGCCAAGGAGUGAUUUGCUUGGAUAUUUUAAAAGAUAACUGGAGUCCAGCACUAACCAUAUCUAAAGUCCUCCUUUCCAUCUGUUCACUUCUUACAGACUGCAACCCUGCUGACCCUCUGGUUGGAAGUAUCGCUACACAGUAUAUGACAAACAGAGCAGAGCAUGACAGAAUGGCCAGACAGUGGACCAAGAGAUAUGCUACAUAGGAAUCUGCUGUAGAACAUGCUGGACCUGUGCAAGCACAUUCACUAAGUGCAUCAAUUGCUCUCCCCUUAUUUUAUUACAUUUUGAAGCAUUUUGUGGCGAAGUUGGCUACCUUCCCCUUUUCUCCUUUUUAUUUUUAUUCUUUUAUUUUAUUUUAUUUUAUUUUUGUUCAACUGAAAAUUGUAUCUUUAAAAUAUAGAUGGGAAAAUUUGGGUUAAGGUACAAGGAAUGUUGGAUCUGUAAUAGUAUAGAGCUUUGUCACAAAGCUUUGUAUUAAUGUUUUUUUCCACUUGUGUGUCUUUUGGGGGAAAACAAUCAAACUCAGAACUAUAUCUUGUUUCUACUUAAAUGUAGUGUUUAGGGUUAUUUUUUUGUACGGAAGUCUCUACUGGUGGGUGCAUGUUAUUGGGAACAGGUUUUGUAUAAAAAGCAUAAAAUCAAGAAUCACUGUGCAUCACUAAAACUGUGUUUUAACACUAGCCUUCUGUUUCCCAAACAAAAGGCUACUGGAUUGAGGAGGAUGAUAUGUAUUUUGAUUUACUUAAAAGGAAAUGUGCUUGUAAAUUUUUUAGGGACCUGCCACUUUUGACUGUGGAUCAGUUGAUGUAGACUUGUAUUAUUAAAGCACUCAAUAAAAACACUGUGGCUUAUAACAUG